CUACACUUCAUAGGGAACUCUUACAGUAUCUGGGGUUGUCCGUCACCCAGAUAUCCCCUAACGCCUGGAGGGUCUUCAUAGCCAUGGAGAUUCUUUACGGUGCAAUGUCAAACGGGGAAAGGAAAUUGACGGUCCGUGAAUUUCUUCACUGUUACCGUCCAGACGAGAUUUCUGGAUCAAGGGGGAUGUACAGUUUUGCCAGUCGGAGCCCCUUGUUGAAGGUGAUCUUUGAGACCCCAGACUCAAAUAGAGACUGGAAGAGUCGGUACUUCUUCCUGGAGGGUGACAGAUGGAUGAACCAUCCAGGGGAGACGGAGUACAUGCCCGUCGACACAACUUGGGCAGUUAUAAAUCAGACACGUAGACGGCGCCCUCAAGUCAGCCUCGAGGAGUUUAGCUUCCUUGAAAAGGUUUGCAAGAAGACUACGCCGGAGGAAAGGACUUGGGCUAAGUUGGUGAACCCGAGGACCAUACAUUGGUACUGCGACGGUCCUGAGCCCACCCAAGAAGCAAUAAGAUACGACGAGCGAGUUCAUAGACAGAUGGAUGACGCAAAGAGGAGAGCUUUGAUCAAGUCCCAAGCCGUCAAGAAGAGGGAAUCCGGCGAGGAGGUUCCUAAGGUGUCAGCUUCAGUCCCUAAGAGGAAACUGACGACAAAAUCCGACCGUCCAUUUAAGCAACCAAAGGUCUCUCUUGAACCUGUGGUUGGCUUAAUGGCUGAGGGUAACAAGGCCGUCACCCCAGCGAAGCAGGGGAAGGGUAAGGGAUUGAUGACGGUCCCAGACGGUAAGCAAGAGAGACAUCCUUCCCUUCUCCGUGAUGACUCCAAGUAUGCAUUGGAGAAGCUGUCGUCCAUCAUCACGGCAGAAGACUAUGAAGACCUGGGAAACCAUUCGACGGAGGCCAUGGGGGAGACGGGCCUCUUUGCCGUCGCUCAGUCCUUGGUCAUGAUGAAGGGACUACUUGACCGGUGUCUCAACCGUGAGAGUACCUUGGAUCGGGUGCGCGCGAAGGCGCAGCAGACGGAGGAAGAGCUCGGACAACUUCAUAAAUGGAGGUCCAAGAUGGAGAAGAAGCUGGAGCUUUCUGAGCAGGCGAGGAAGGAGCUGGAGGAGAAGACGGCCACUUCGCUGACGGCCUUAGAGAAUAAAGAGGCUGAGAUCAAACAACUCAAAGAAGAGCUCCGUCAGGCGAAAGUGGCAGCCGUCGAGGAGUAUCGAUGCUCGGAGUCCUGUUUGAGCGAGCUGUCGGACUCCUUCCUUCAAGGCUUCGAUGAUUCUCUCCGUCAAGUCAAGAAGGCUUAUCCAGAGCUGGAUUUGACAAUGGUCAAACUUGAGGACCAAGCCCAGACUUCUGCCCUCCCCGUCGCCUCCGAAAAUACGGAGGACCUUUUUGGAGACGGUGCUGCUCAAGGAGACGGAGAGUCCGCCCCGUCGAAGGAUGUCCCAGUUGCUGAACCAAAGGAAGUUUAA